CGCGUAGUCAUGAGUUAUUUAGGGUUUUACUUUGAAAAGAGAUUUUAUAUCGUCUAUUAGUAUCAUUUAACAAAUACAUUUUAUUAUUUAACCAAUUAAAAAUAAAAGUCAAAACAUUAAUUAAAAAGUCGAAGGGGAGACACAACCCUAUAUGACGUUGUUCUUUCCCUCCAUAUUCUCACAAGUCAAUUUUAUUCCUAUCCGAACCCACAUUCUUAGAGAUACAGCAAGCUCCACCGUUAAUGGCCGCCAUUACAAUUGGAGCCAUUUCCGCAACGCUUACAAUCAUAAACUCUCAUCCUACUCGAGUGAGUUUCCUCUCCAUUCACCGUACUUACUUCCGAACUCUCUCUCCUCGGCUUCCCAUUUCACUCGAAUCCUUGACCUCUUCCAAUCUCACAGUCCCAUGGAUUGUCCAUGCGCUUCCGACCACGCGAACAUCACAAUCGUUGGCGGAAGGUGGAACGCAGAAGAAGAACACGAAGAAGGUGGUUACUGUAAAGGAGAAGAAGACACCAGAAGAGCCUAGAUACUCCAAGGCUGCUCGUAGGUUCUAUAAUGAGAAUUUUAGGGGACAACCUCAACGGCUUGCGAAGGUACUUGCUGCUGCUGGAGUGGCAUCAAGGAGAAGCAGUGAAGAGCUUAUAUUUCAGGGAAAAGUUACUGUUAAUGGUUCUGUUUGCGAUAAACCUCAGACAAAAGUAGAUCCUGCCAGAGACACUAUCUAUGUCAAGGGAAACCGCCUACCUAAAAGAUUGCCGUCAAAGGUCUAUCUUGCUCUGAACAAGCCUAAAGGGUACAUUUGUUCUUCUGGGGAGAAAGAGUUCAAAUCUAUUUUGACAUUGUGCGAUGAUUUUCUGAAGAGUUGGGACCAAAAAAAUCCUGGACAGCCAAAGCCACGGCUAUUUACUGUUGGACGCCUAGAUGUUGCAACAACUGGACUAAUUAUUGUGACAAAUGAUGGUGAUUUUGCUCAAAGAGUGUCACACCCAUCAUCUAAUUUAACUAAGGAAUACAUAGCGACAGUUAACAGUGAAGUUCAUAAGCGCCACUUAGUAGCCAUUGGCCAAGGAACAGUAAUAGAUGGUGUGCAAUGCACUCCUGAAUACGUGGAACUACUUCCUCGACAGCCAGAUAUUUCCAGAGCUCGCCUUCGUAUUGUGGUUAAUGAAGGAAGAAACCAUGAGGUUCGGGAGCUUGUGAAAAAUGCUGGACUUGAGAUUCAUUCCCUUAAACGUAUUCGUAUUGGUGGUUUCAGGCUGUCUUCGGACCUUGGGCUUGGGAAAUACAUUGAACUGAAAGAAAAUGAUCUCAAAGCUCUUGGAUGGGAGAAGUAAUGGAACGUUGCACAUCUGUUUAUGUUACUUAAUUUGGCCUGCCAAAGACCAACUUCUGUUAAUGACUAAUCAGAAAUGACAAAUUGUUUCAGCAAAGGAUGAGAGUGCGAUUUUGAGCCCUAAUGUGUCAACAUGUUUCGUCUUUGCUCAUACAUUCCUCGUAUAAAGCUCUGAGAAACUUCAGUUGCUCCCAAUGAAGCAUGCAGCGUAAUAUUUCCUUGUCACUCGGAUUUUCUAGGAAAAAAAUCUUCUGGUUUAGAAGAAUGCAAUUGUAUGAACGAAGCUUCAUGCAUUUUGAAAUAGCAACAGAAGUAUCGAGCCAAAAGCCGAAACAAGGUAAACAUCAAUUACUUGGCUCAACGUCUCCUUUGUACAUUUGAUGAUGAAUAUACGCAGUGAUCUUCACUUCUACGAUGUAGCUGUAAAAUUAUGAACUCCUCGUAUGUAAAACUCGAUCCUAACAGUAAAGUAUAUGUUCCUUUUGAUUCUACCCUAAACAUUUUUCCUAAUCUGAGAAAUUUAAUCCCUACAGAAAUUGUGUGGCACCUUUGAUUC